GGCUCCGCCACCCCCGCCCGGCGCGGCAGCCGCAGGGAGGGGUCCGGGAAGGCGGAGCCAGCGGCGGCCCUGGCUCGGGGCACUCGCGCGGCUCCCGUUCGCGGAGCACACAUCCCGGCGCGACGAGGGUCCUUCGGAGAGCGAGCGGGAGUCGGUGCUCGGCCUCCUGCGGGGAGCAGCCCGAGGAAUCUGCAGGGAGUGGUCGGGAGGUGACAACGCCAGCAUGCCAGUGCUAUCGGAGGACUCUGGUUUGCAUGAAACCCUGGCCCUGCUGACCUCCCAGCUCAGACCUGACUCCAACCACAAGGAGGAGAUGGGCUUCCUGAGGGAUGUUUUCAGUGAAAAAAGCCUCAGUUACUUAAUGAAGAUUCAUGAGAAGCUUCGCUAUUAUGAAAGGCAAAGUCCAACCCCAGUUCUGCACAGCGCUGUGGCCCUCGCUGAGGAUGUGAUGGAGGAGUUGCAGGCCGCCUCUGUGCACAGUGAUGAGAGGGAGCUGCUCCAGCUGCUGUCCACCCCGCACCUGAGGGCUGUGCUCAUGGUACAUGACACGGUUGCCCAGAAGAAUUUUGACCCUAUUCUCCCGCCUCUGCCUGACAAUAUCGAUGAGGAUUUUGAUGAGGAAUCGGUGAAGAUCGUCCGCUUGGUGAAGAACAAGGAACCCCUGGGUGCCACCAUCCGGCGGGACGAGCACUCAGGGGCUGUUGUGGUGGCCAGGAUCAUGCGAGGAGGCGCAGCAGACAGGAGCGGCCUGGUCCACGUUGGAGAUGAGCUCCGAGAAGUCAACGGGAUUGCAGUCCUGCACAAGCGGCCCGACGAGAUCAGCCAGAUUCUGGCCCAGUCCCAGGGAUCCAUCACCCUAAAAAUCAUCCCAGCCACCCAGGAGGAAGAUCGCUUAAAAGAGAGCAAGGUGUUCAUGCGCGCCCUCUUCCACUACAACCCUCGGGAGGACCGGGCCAUCCCUUGCCAGGAGGCGGGCCUGCCCUUCCAGUGCAGGCAAGUCCUGGAGGUAGUGAGCCAGGAUGACCCCACGUGGUGGCAAGCCAAGCGAGUCGGGGACACCAACCUUCGAGCCGGCCUCAUCCCCUCCAAGCGGUUCCAGGAGAGACGACUAAGCUACCGGAGAGCCGCGGGCACCCUGCCGAGCCCCCAGAGCCUCAAGAAGCCCCCCUAUGAUCAGCCUUGUGACAAAGAAACCUGUGACUGUGAGGGCUACCUCAAAGGGCACUAUGUGGCUGGUCUUCGGAGGAGCUUCCGGCUGGGCUGUAGGGAGAGACUGGGUGGCUCGCAGGAAGGGAAGAUGUCCUCCGGAGCUGAGUCUCCGGAGCUGCUGACUUACGAGGAGGUGGCCAGGUACCAACACCAGCCCGGAGAGCGGCCCCGCCUGGUGGUUCUGAUCGGGUCUCUGGGAGCCCGACUGCACGAGCUGAAGCAAAAGGUGGUGGCUGAGAACCCACAGCACUUUGGCGUCGCUGUUCCACAUACCACGAGGCCCCGAAAGAGUCAUGAGAAGGAAGGAGUGGAAUAUCACUUUGUGUCUAAGCAAGCAUUUGAGGCCGACUUACAUCACAACAAGUUCCUGGAACAUGGUGAAUAUAAGGAAAAUCUCUAUGGAACCAGCCUGGAGGCCAUUCAGGCUGUUAUGGCCAAAAACAAAGUUUGUUUGGUGGACGUGGAGCCGGAAGCACUGAAACAACUGAGGACCUCAGAAUUUAAACCCUAUAUUAUAUUUGUAAAGCCUGCAAUUCAGGAAAAAAGAAAAACGCCACCUAUGUCCCCAGCUUGUGAGGACACGGCAGCCCCAUUUGAUGAGCAGCAGCAAGAGAUGGCCGCUUCUGCCGCCUUCAUAGACCAGCAUUAUGGGCACCUGGUAGACGCUGUGCUGGUGAAGGAGGAUCUCCAGGGUGCCUACAGCCAGCUCAAAGUGGUCUUAGAGAAGCUGAGCAAGGACACUCACUGGGUACCUGUUAGUUGGGUCAGGUAACUUUAUCCCAGAACAUCCAAGCUGGACGGGACCUUGAAGAUCAUCUAGUCCAGACUCCCUCAUUUUACCAUCAAGGAAUCUCAAGUGCAGAGAGGGGGAGAAUUCUCCACAAAUUCCAUCAUCGAGAAGAGUAUAAGUGGGAAGUCUUGUUUGUUGUUGGUUUUUGUCUGUUGUUUUUCACUGCACCUCUUUGGAUCAUGAUUUGAAAGGGGCAUAUUAGAAAACAACACAUUUCCUUUAUUAAAGUAUCACAGGCAAGCUGACCCUGAUUCUUUGUACCAAA